CCGGUUUCUCAGCUGAGAUGUCUUGUCAGUAUACACUGCUCAGGCUCUGAGUACUCGAUCAUACAAAAAUAUGAGCCGUGAGAAUUAUAAUUCUUUGUGAUACGGAGGGACGGGACGGAGAGAGCGCUCCGCCAGAGUGAAGAGAGAGAGAGAAAUAUAUUCUCAUGAUUUGAAUAUUCUAUUCUCAGUUUCUUUUAGUCGCUCAAUAUUCGCGUAGUAUAAUUAUUUAUAUUUAGAGCAGGACUCUGUGUUUAAAUUCCCCGGUAUCAGAAUCAAAACAGAACAAGUAUCAAACAGUUUACUCCAUGUAGGAACUAAAACUGGAGGGGUACAACACCGGGUUAUCCCAUACAGUGACUAUUGCUGUUUGUAAAAAUUUGGAUUUACAAAAUAAAACUAAACUCUAACCUACGAGAAGAUUCAGAUUUUCCAGUACUUUAUCCCUACCUGGAGCAAGAUCUCCUUCUCAACCAACCAUGGAGGACGCACAAGUGUACAAUCUUAAGUGGAAGAACUAUGAGGGUCAUAUGAUGACAGUGUUUGACAGAAUUCUGUCCAAUGAAUCCUUCGCUGAUGUAACUCUGGUGUGCGGAGAGACGGAGAUAGAGAUUGCUUCUUCAAUAAAGGCACACAAGAUCCUACUUGGAGCUUGUUCUCCGUACUUCGAGAUGGUUCUUAGCGAGCAUCCUUGCCAGCAUCCAGUAGUAAUCCUUCCUCCAGAUGUACGACCCCAACACCUUCAACAUGUUCUUAACUUCGUUUACAGAGGGGAGGUCCAGGUUCCACAGGAUGAAUUGUCUGGAGUACUGCGCUGCGCAAGUCAACUUAGGAUCCGGGGCCUUGACACGGAAUAUACCAGACCUAGGGAUGAGACGUGCACUCCCAACGGUUUCUUGAGCCGGGAAUCAAGUGCGGAACCAGAUCGACCGGCAAGCCAGCUCUCUGGCGCCGGGAGACGGAAGAACUCCCCAAAAUUUCAUUUUGUAAAAAACCGGCGAAAACCGGUUCCGCAACCUCGGCGGGAGCCGGGUACUCCAGACCCCCAGGGACAUGGGGGUACUCCACCUGAGCAGGCUGGUGAUACUACUCCAGGAGAACAGUAUAGAGCUGUAGGAACUCCAGAUGGUUCAGUUCUAGACGAAUCUAUUCAUGACCAGGACGAUGAUCAUGAGAAGUGGGAGAAAGGUUCUAUGGCUGAGGUUGAAGGUGAAGGUGAUGGUGAGGUUGAUGGACCGGUUGAUUUUACAAUUAAAUCAGAACAUUCGUCUCCUCCUCCUACUGGAGAUAUGACCGAUAUUGCGACAUUCCUAGCCUCGUCUACCGCUGCGGGUAGAACAUCAAACCAGGAUACUGAGAGUAGUAUGCCUGGGACCCCCCACCCUAUGUCGUAUCCCUGUAUCCCUGAUACAGAGGUCUGUAUAUCUAGGAUACUGAGAGUAGUAUACCUGGGACCCUCCACCCUAUGUCGUAUCCCUGUAUCCCUGAUUAAGAGAAUAUUUUUUAGAUCAAAGAAACUUAGCCUAUCUCGAGCUAGUGAGGUUUAUGGUAUCCCCCCAACAACCUUAUGGCAAAGAGCUAACAGAAUGGGAAUUCCAACACCAAAGAAGGAUACUGCGAACAAAACCUGGUCCGAAGACGACCUUAACAGUGCGCUAGAUGCUCUGAGAAAGAAGGAGAUAUCUGCGAACAAGGCCGCCAAGGUUUACAAGAUCCCUAGCUCUACCCUCUACAAGAUUGCUAGGAAGGAGGGAAUAGAACUGGCUCAGCCGUUUAAUGCUGUUGCUACGGCCUGGAGUCAGGAUGAUUUGAACCUGGCCCUUGAAGCUAUAAAGGGUGGAAUGGCUGUACAGAAAGCUGCAACUGAGUACGGUAUACCUAGUGGUACUCUCUACGGUAGAUGCAAGAAGGUUGGGAUAGAGCUCAGCAAAGCUACCCAGGUUCACUGGUCAGAGGAGGAUAUGGUGUCUGCCCUGGAUACAGUUAGGACCGGAAACAUGUCAAUAAAUCAAGCAGCAAUUCAUUUCCAUCUACCCUACAGCUCACUAUACGGCAGGAUUAACAGGUUGAAGAGAGAGCAGGCGGCUGAGUGGGCCGCCUUCAGGGACUACGAGGUCAAUGAUGUUGACGAGGAGAUGGGGAACGGGAUUGAUUUCAGCCAUUAUUUGAGCACAUCCCACGAGACAGAGGAGGCCGAACCAGGCAGCAUGGAAGGACACAUGGCCGGACAGGGUCACGUUGGCGGACAGGGUCACGACGGCGUACAGGGACACGUCGGCGGACAGGGUCAUGUCGGCGGACAGGGACACAUGAGUGACCAUGGGCACAUGGGUGCUCCGGGACAUAUGGGGGUUCAGGGACAUAUGGGGGCCCCAGGUCAACUGGGUGGGGCUCUACAUGCGGACCACGCCUCUCUUGAAAUGUCCAACUCUUCCAUUCCUAACUAACGAUGCAGAGAGAAACUUUACUGGUGCAAUCUUAAUAAUAUUAUACAUUUAAUCUAUUAUUACUGCCUUUUCUUUAUAUAUUUACAUAUGUUUUAAACUGUUAAAUAGAGAUUGGAGAGCUAUAACGUUCUCAAUUGCAAGCGUUGUUUUUUGUUUGUUAAAUUAUUUCUAAUUCCGGAAUCUCUGAAUUACUUUAAAGACUUAUCUUUUUGAGUGAAGUUUACCAGAUUUAUAAAAAAAAUUUGGCAUUAACCAUGGUUUGCUCAGUUUUAGUUAGUUUUAAACAUAAGUAUAAAUACUAAUUUUCUAAUAUUUAAAAAAUGUUAAAUUUGUGAUUUUUUAAAAUAUUUUUUUCAAUGCAUUUAUAUCUAAGACAGGUCAGGUGUCCUCGCUAACAAAUCAAAACUAUUUUCUUUAGCCUAGAUUUUAUUAUAUUGUAAGUAUAUUGUAUUGUAUUUCAUAUAAUCAAAAUUCUGGAGUUUUAAUGAGUGGACAUGACCAGACAGUUUAUCCACUCUAUAGUAUUCUUGGUACAAUUUCUCACUUUUAAAUAGAGCACCGCAACACAAUGUCCUUUCAACAAAUUCAAUACUUUAUUAGAUUGUUUUUUUUACAAUUUUGUUUCAAUACCUAAUAUUUUUUUAAUCUCGAGUUAAACUUUCUUUGCUCUAACUAAUCUUCAACAUACAUUUUGUUUGUACUUGUUGUGCUAUCCCUACGUUAUGAAAUAGGCAAACCAGCACAUCAAAUUAUUCAUUUUUGUAAAACAACAUUGUGUUCUACUUAAUUUUGUAAAAUGUAAAAAGUUCCAGGAAUUUUUCCCUCGGGGGGACCGAGGAAGGGGAGGAGGUAGAUAAUCUUUUGUAUCAUCUCUAAACUAAUAUAUUUUUAUAUUUAAUUAAAUAUUAUAAAAUGGCCCCUCUGUACAUAACAACAUAUGUUUACUUAAUAAGGCCUAUAUCAACUUUUCAUUGUCUAAAAAUAUAUUUAUUUAAAAAGUUAAAUAUAAGGAUGUUGGUAAUUGAAUAAAUGAAACUUUUUAAAUUGUUGACCAAUUUUUCUCCAGUUGUACUGAGUACAUAGCUGGGAACUCUUGUAUUGUGGGUAUCAAGAUCAAUUCUUGAUCUCGAUUUUUUGGUUAAUCUGCAGAUUAAUCUUAAUUUGAACCCUCGCAAGUCAGGGGUUGAUGGGAUCUUUAAUCAGUGGAGGAAUAACUAAAAUUAAGUGUCAAGUUUUUAUAGAUCCUCAAAUUACAAGUGCCCACAAUAGAUAUCGAGAUCAAGUUAUCUAGAUUAUCUAACACCAGAGUUCCCGGCUCAUGAUACAUUCAGUACAUUAACUUCAAACUUUAUUCCCAGACUAGUCAAUAGAAUAUUGAACUGUACAAAAAUCAUUUUUAAAAAAAAUUGUGAUUAUUUUACAAUUUGUCAUUUAAUCGUUGUAAUUAUCCUUAUUUAAGCUCAUCUGGACACUUUGUCUAGUCAACCUUCAUAUACAAUAUUGUAUAAUAAAGUUUAAACCAUA